CUUUGGUCGUUUUCUGCUCGACCACCGAGAGCUUUGCUCCCUCAUCUUUUGCUUUCGUAACUUCAUUCAUCUUUUCUUACUUUAGCCAUCCUGACCAUGCCUCCCCGGCAGCCAUUUCAUUGGGUGGCCCAUAAUCAGGAAGAUCCUCAGUUUCCCGAGUUCUUGUUCCAUAUUCAGCACGCCGACUCGCAAGCUACGUACUCGGACUCGGAGAUUAGCAUCAAAGCUGCGGAUACCGCCUUCGGACCGUCAUCCGUGAGCGACGCGAGCGAAUUGCUGGGCCAUGCCAUACGUCGCCAAGACUGGACCGAUAGACGCCCCAGCCGCUUCAUUUCGACGUUUGAGGAUGCGGAACAGGCUCGUCAAUGGGGCUACCUGCGCAACGGGCCAGUUUAUAUGUAUAUCAUCAACACCAGACUGUUGCCGCAAAGCGCUGGCAAGUGGGUGUUUUGGUUGUCAAAUAGUCCUUGCGAGUAUUUGAUUCUGGACCAAAUUCCUCGUAAUGCUAUUGUCGCUAGCGAAAAGAUUAGACCUCGAUUCGUGACUACGUCUCAAAUGGCUUCCCUGGCCGAAAAAAGCGAACGCCUUAGGCCAUGGGCAGUUUCCCGCCAUAAUCUACCCCCGCGCCUAUACUUUGUUCAACACGCCGGGUCCCAAUCAACUCGUGAUAGGAUCGAUGUACUUGAUGUAUAUGGUAACGCGGUCGCGUUCAUAGACGCAAUCGAGUCAGCCGUUCAGGAUAUCGAAAUAAACAGUCUCCCGGAACUAUACGCAAUGAUCAAGAACCACGUCAACUGGUACCAGAGGCGCCCUAGCAUGUUUGUGUCGACAUUCAGCGUACGAAAGCAUGCUGAGAAUUGGGGUAGGCGAUGCGCUGGGCCGGUUUGGAUGUACGAGUUCGACACAAGCAAGCUGCCAGCCAGCCAGUUAGUUUUCCGGGCGCGCGACUUCAUUGACAAGUACACGGACAAUGAGUACUUGUUUCUCCUUCAAAUUCCGUGUUGCGGUUUGAGGGAUAUCACUCUUCUUGUGGAUGGGGAGCCUCCUAGAGAACCUCUCGUUCACUGCUUCACACCUUCACCAGCUUGGUAACACAUACGCAUCUUGUCGAGGCAGUUUGUUGACUAAGCACACUCUUGACAGGGACUAGAGUUCGCCCUCGCAUGUCCUGAGCGACGCACAUCAAAGCAACCGGUCAAGUAUAAAAUGGAGCUGUUUUGACCAACGUCUUGUCCAUCAUAUCGAUUCCAACUUCAUCUUCUUUAGCGACUAGGCUCAAUGACCGCUAGCACCCAAGGGUACCACCAAAUCCGAAGAGCUGAGAAAACGAAGACGGAGGAAAGAAAUGGGAUUCGAGAAAAAAGUAGGGGACGAAAAGAAAAAGGGCAUCAUCGAGCGGCGGUUGCAUUGCCUCCACCGACAAGGGAAAGCACGAAUUAACUGUGUUCAAGGGCGUGCACCACAAAGCCUUACAUCACAGCGCACCUGAUCCAUAACACACCUCCUCGCUACCUAGGUACCUCUAGGGCUCAGAGGUAUCAUCUCCCACAUGGCUACUCGUGCCACCACUGGCACAAAUGGUAUUAACGAUCUGCAAAUGGGUCAGAUGGACACAAAUGGGCGGUCGUAUAUCUAUGUCCGAGGCACCUGCGGUCUCGGCUCGAAUCAAUCGAGACCAUCAAAUCAUAUUCAUCGUUACCGUCUAUCAAAUCAGAGCUUCAGCCCACGUUGACAUUACCGCCAAAAUUCCUUCCUCCGGACUCCCAAAGUCGGAGGAUCCUGUUGUGUGCCGCUAUGGUCCCUAUUGGACCGUUGGGCCUUGCAAAGAUAUCAACAACCACAACGAGCUUUGCGACUCUACAAAGCUAGAAAAGAAAGGAGUAGGCAGGAAGGUGUCAGUCUUUACGAUCGGCGCCAAAAGGAAGGGAACAUGUCCCAUCUCAACAGACCCACCGGGACCCGUCUCCCAUCUGUGGAUUUGUAGCUCCUGCCAAAACAAGAGUGAUAAGACAGACACAGUCCUUAAGUAGUGCCGCCUGGUCAGCGCCUGUGUCGGCUGUUGCCUGCGAAGCAGAAACAUGAAUGUGAACUACCAAUGCAGCUGCCGGC